GACAUUGCCAACACGACAAGAGAACUUAGUCGAUUUUUAUCGUGCUACAACCACACGCACUGGGAUGCGGCUCGGCGGCACGCAAAUCACUGUACUCGAAUACUUGAAGGGAUGUCGACGUAUUGUCUGUCGCUUAAUGAGAAAAAGUGCGACGUGACUUACGAAGUGUACAUAGACGCGAGCUUCGGAUGUCUUCCAAAAGAACGAAAGUCCGUAACCGACUAUAUGAGUUUG